UCUUCGCAUCGCUUCGGGAGUGUGCGGAGCUCGCUUCAAGAUGCCUAGAUGCGUGUUCUGCUUUUUUGAUCCUCAUGAUAUCGGGGAUGAUGAGCCAUUGGAAGAGAAUUCACCAUCUUCUCCAGACAUUUCACCUGCCACAUUGCAUGCUCACGUCGAGCGAUCGCAUCCCUAUGUGGACAUUUCCUUCCUGCCUUUCUUUCAAACUGAUAGCGCAUUUCGAGGUAUCGUCAAAGCGUUUGUGCUAUUGGCAUCUGUUCACGAUCAGGGAGUAGAGGACUUGCGACAAUAUUUAAUGAACCACCUCCACGAUAUAAUUGCUAUUUUGCGAGCGCAAAGAAUACCCUUUAGGUUUUGCAUUUGUUCUGACGUUCUAAUGAUGAAAGAAAAUCGAGGGGAUGUAACCGCGCACAUAGCUCAUUUUAUGGCGCUUGCUCGCGAAGUCCACAGCGACGGAGCUAUCGCAAAUACUUUGAUGGAUGUGAUUCAGGAGUCCACCGGGCGCAUUGAAAAUUACCAGCGCGAGGGUAGUGGGUUUGUAUCCACUGACGUCCAAAAAGUUCAAAUGUGUAUUUCUGCUGUGAAAACUAAAAAAUUCGGGUGUAAUGGGGUACUUCCCACGAAUCUGGCUAAACGCAGGAACGUGUUAACGAAUAUCCAUUUACCAGCACGCAAGGAGGGCGAAUGUUUUAAAUACAAUACGCUCGCUCUCCUGCACCCACAGGAAAGGAAUUCGUGGAAAAAAUGUGAAAAUUAUGCAGUAGAUUACUGGUGGCCAAGCCACUUCCCCGUUUCAUUUUCUGAUCUGGACGAAUUCGAAGACAAAAACAAGAUAUCCGUUUACGUGUACGAGUACGUCGAUCAGGGAGUGCACGUGUCGCGACCCCCAAAACUCGAGUGUGAAAAGAAAAUUCACUUAUUGGCUAUAGAUGAACAUUUUUUUGGAAUCAAGUCCCUCGAACGAUUACUGAUGAGAGACAAUAGGUGUUUCGUAUGCGAACGUUGCACGCGCUCUUUUAACGAGGAAAAGAGCAUGGCGAAACAUCGUCGCCUGUGCGCGGACGUGAACGAAAUCUUAUUGGAAUUUUGCGAACCUGGCAAAAAUUUUGUAGAAUUUAAUAAAAUACAGUACAAGCAGCAGUACAACUACGUCGUCGCGUUGGACACGGAGAGCGUACUCGCGCCCAGUGGUGUUGGCAUGCAGCGUCACGUCACCUCUAGCUUCUGUGCCGUGCUCGUGCGCACCCACGACUCGAAGGUGAUGCGCGUCAGGACGCACCACGGUGAAGAUUCCGCGAGGCAGUGCGUGAAGGCUUUGAUGGAAAUGCGGGACGAGAUGGUUGCCCUGAAUGCCUGCCCCGCCACAAUGGUGCUGAAUGAUGAGCAACGGGCCGAGCACAGAGCUGCCACCCAUUGCGCGUACUGUAAACGGGAGUUCACGCGAGAUCUACCCCGUGUCCGUCAUCACGACCAUUCCAAGCGAUGUACUACCGGGGACACAAAUUACAUUGCGACGCUGUGCAGCCCCUGUAACGUGGCGUGCACGACGAGAGAAAAAUUACCGAUCAUGGUGCACAAUCUGGCCUACGAUUUGGCCGGACUGCUGCGGGAAUUUCACCUUCUCGGGUGGAAGCGAGCUCCCUUCAUCGUUGCCAGUUCCAUGGAAAAAAUUCGAUCGUUCGAAAUUGGCACCUUCCUAUUCAGAGAUACCAUGCAGUACCUAAAUUCGUCGCUGGGAGAGCUCGUGGAAACCGUCAAAUCCAUGGGGGGCGCAGAGGCGUUCCAGUGCCUGAAGCAGGUAUUUGGAAACGACUACGAAAUUCUGCUUCGUAAAGGUGUAUUCCCAUACAGCCACGUUAAUUCUUUUGCGGUGUACGACGAAUUGGCUCUGCCGGCAAAAUCUGCCUUCCGAAAUGAUCUCACUGGGGAGGAUAUAAGCGAGGAAGACUACCAGUAUGCGCUGCAAGUAUUUGAACAUUUUGGAUGCUCGAAUCUGAGGGAUUAUAAUGCACUGUACCUGAAAACGGAUGCCCUAUUACAUGCUGAUGUAAUGCAGCACUUUCGACGACUGUGCUACGACGCGCGUGGAUUAGAAUUGCUUCAUUGUGUUUCUCUGGCAUCCUAUUCGUGGCAAUGUGCUCUAAAUUACACGCAGGCAAAAUUGGAGUUAAUCAUCGACGAGGACAUGUACAGAACCAUCGAGUCGGGUGUUAGGGGCGGGCUCUGUCAGGCGAGCAGGCGUCAUUUGCGGGCUAACAACCCUCUAUGUAGUGGCUAUGAUCCCGAAAAAGAGGAGGUGUACAUAUCAUACAUAGAUUGCAACAAUCUUUACGGAUUCAGUAUGGUAAAGCACCUCCCCGUCGGCGAUUUCGAGUGGGUCGAGGAUUUUAGCUCUGUGGAUUUUAUGCACGACGUUUGA